UGCUAUUUGUUGAGAUUGUUCGUUCGUUUUGUUGUUGUUAUUUUCUUCGGAAUCCAUUAUUUUUAUUUAGUCUCAUCGACUUUUUGCAUUGCCAUACUCAGGGAUUACAGAAAAGAAUAAGUUACAGUAUAAAAAAAACCUACAGUUCUUUUUACUUAUAUUUUAAUAAUAUAAUUUGAAUCGAACACUGGAAACGAGCUGUGUAAGUUCCAACUACAUACUUGAACUUAAGGUAGCGUAUGUAACUACAAUUAAGUGUGAAGGCAUACCCGAAGAGGACAUGUGCGAAAUACCCGUAAAGGCAGAACCUAAGGAGUUAGAAUGCGUGGUAUGCAUUGAAACGAGUCUUGAGAAUUUCGAAAUCUACAGCACAGAGAUUACCGCCUCCGGCAUAUCUGUUCAUGCUUUUCUAAACAAAUUCACACACUCAGAGAUCACAUUUUCUUCGGAUAAAUACAUCUGCAAGACAUGCUUAAACCUCAUCAAUGAAUUGGAACAACUAGAAAUGGAGUAUAACAAGUUGAAGUAUGCUUUUCAAACACUUAUAAGAAAGAAUCCCCUGUUUGAAGUGCUGCAAUCACCAUCUGAUGAUAACGAGGCUAUAAAUGAUCAAGGUUGUGGUUUAAAAAAAACAGAAAAUGAAGAAAAUAAAAGUUUUUUUAAGAAGCGGAAACUUGAUACUGAAAGUGAAUAUAACACUAAAAACAACUGUAAUUUGAUAGAUGCAGCUGCUACACGCCGUCGGGUCUCUUACAACCAGCUUAAGGUUUUAUGUGAAUUUCUGAAUACACAUAGAGAAGUGGCCGUGGGCUUUAAUAAAUCUACUCAGUCCCGUGAACAUUCCCGGAAGAUGUGGGUGAGAGUUACCCACAAACUGAAUUCCAUGAAUGAAGGUGCAGCAAAACAUUGGAAGGGUUGGUCUACGUACUGGGUGGACUAUAAAGCCAAGUUGAAAAGGAAAGUAGCCAGCAUUAUCGCAGCUCAGAGUGAUGGGAGUGCAACAUAUACUCUCUCCGAAGUGGAGGUCAGAUUUCUUCAAAUACUGGGAGAAGACUAUACUUUAGGCCUGCCAGGUCUUCAGGACCCUUUGAGAAUGUCACCACUACAAGCCAAUAUGGAAAACCCUGAAGUGUCAGAUCAAGAUCAACCAUCGACCUUAUCAUCGGAAAAAGGUAUGAAUAGGACGGCUCAAAGUGAGGAGACAUUACAUUCAGUAGACAGUCAUGAACCACAACAGGAUAUGGAAGUUGUGGAAAGUGAUGACGAUGGCAAUGAUGGUGAUAGUUUUACAAUGGAAGACAAAGAUGAUGAUCGGUCUUCAAUUGAGGAUAGAGUGGACGGUUAUUCUAAAAGGCAUACUAGUCCUGUACCAAAGAAAGGGGUUAGUUGUGUGAAAAACCAAGAGGGUACGUCAGGAUUAAGUACUAGCUUUAUAAGCAGCAGAGAACCUGUAAAAAGACGUCGACGCCGUCCAGCGUUAAGCGUAGAAGCAGCACGAAGAAUUUUAGUAAACAAUUCAGGGGAAAGACUUCAAAUAGAGAGGACGAAGAGCCAGCAUUUGGCGCGCAUAGUUGCCGUCUUAGAGCGAAUGGAAAGCAGCUGGCAGGGAAGAAGUGUUAAUAAUCAUCACGAGGAAACGUAGUGAUGGUGAACAUCGAUAUUACUUGCAAUGUGGCGACGGCUGGAACACGCUGAAAUAUGGGAUCUGACAAUCAAGCUAACAUAGUCUUCUUUCUCAUGGCGUUGAUUCCCGUUACAUCCUCACUACAACCUCUCCUCUUUGGAGCUCGUGGCUUAUGAUACAUACAUACAUACAUAAAAUCACGCCUCUUUUCCGGAGGGGUAGGCAGAGACUACAUCCUUCCACUUGCCACGAUGAUAAUGAUUUUGAAUUGGAUAAAUCUUAUUUUCACAUAAAGCGACUCUCGUCUGCCCUCUGAAACCUUUGAAGUAGACCCUUUCUCGCUUUUGGUCAUGAUAAAAGCUGCACUAGUCGAAUGUACUUUUUUUCUUAGUCUCCAUAUACGACAUCCAUGAAAUACAAUGGUACUAUUCUAAAGUGCUAAGAACCACACAGCCCAGUUAUUAUUAAGAUAUUCCCUUUGCGGCUUCGAACCCAAAACGAUCAAACCCAAACAGAUGGAAAUCUGCUACACUGAAAUAAGUACGAACGAGGAACUAAAGUACUGCUGAUAGCUAAAGUGUUAUUAUUAUACAUUUUUUUUGUUAUUAAAGGCGUGAUUUAUGUAUGUAUGUUUUAAUGUAAAAGUUAUAAAACGCAUUCAAUCUAAUCUAAGGAUUCCAUAGUUACUUAAAUAUGUUCAGUACUUAAUUAGUGAUUAUGGUUGAUUAAAUCAACUAAUUACUUUUAAC